UUCUUUCCCACCUAGCCGAUAGCUCCGGCCCAUAGCUCCGGCCAUGGCUGCCAGGGAUGCCUCCUCCUUCCUCGCCGCCUUGUUCCUCCUCUCUCGCGGCUCGCGACGCAUCUCCAUUCUCGUCUUGUCAACCUUAAUCCUUUCGCAUCCUCGCGGCGCCGCGGCGACGAGAAAUCUCCUCCAAUCCUUCAGCACCGAGGGGCAUCUGGCCGCGCGGAUUCUCGUCGUGGAUCAGAGCGGGAAUGGCGAUUUCGUGACUGUCCAGGACGCAGUGAACGCGAUCCCGGACGGGAACGAUCAGAGAGUGACGAUACGAAUUGGUCCGGGAAUCUACUGGGAGAAAGUGGUGGUUCCAGCUACGAAGCCGUUCUUAACUUUCCAGGGCGCUGGGAUUGAUCGUAGCCUCAUCGUCUGGAAUUCCACCGCCAGCGACCUCGGCCCCGAUGGACAGCCGCUUACGGCCUAUAGAACCGCGUCAGUGACGAUCGUAGGGGCGAAUUUCAUAGCCAGAGACAUCAGUUUUCAGAACACUGCACCUCCACCACCACCCGGUGUCAAUGGACGUCAAGCAGCGGCUUUCCGGAUCUCUGGCGACAUGGCUGCAUUCUACAACUGUGGCUUUUACGGCGCGCAGGACACGCUCUGCGACGAUGUCGGACGCCACUACUUCAAAGGUUGCUUCAUCCAAGGCUCCAUCGAUUUCAUCUUUGGCAAUGGCCGCUCGCUCUACGAGCAAUGCGAGCUUCACUCCAUAGCGGAUUCUUACGGCUCCGUAGCAGCACAAGAUCGGCAGAGCCAAACGGAAAACACAGGAUUCUCGUUCGUCAACUGCAAAGUUACCGGAACCGGGAUUUUGUAUCUCGGACGAGCAAUGGGACCGUACUCCCGCAUUGUCUACUCGAACAGCUACUUCGACAAUAUAAUCGAUGUACGUGGCUGGGACGAUUGGGAUCACGACGCAUCCAGAGACAGAACUGUCUCGUUUGGACAAUACAAAUGCUAUGGUCCCGGAGCCACUUCUUCGCUGAGAGUGCCGUGGGCUCGCGAGCUCUCAGACAUGGAGGUAACUCCAUUUCUUUCGCUCAGCUUUGUCGAUGGCACGCAAUGGCUUCCUUCGACGUGAUCGAGCUCUCUCCUCGAGAGCCCCACAGUAAGGACAGGUUUUACACUCCAAAAGAAGCAAUACAGGCGAGAUACGAAAGAAAAGGCGAGCGAGAUUAUAGUGUACUAUAGAGCCAUUCUUUUCGUCUCAAAGUUUUAUUGUUUGUGAAGCACAGAUUAAAAAGCUUCCUUGGAAGCUGAGCGAGCAAACAAAGCAAGCCUCGGAAUUUCGAGAGCUCGAUCAAAUCAAAAGCUAUCGAAGAAUCUAGUUUUUAUCA